UCACUUUAGCAAACUACUCUUCUAAUUUCAGAGUCUGAGCAAGGAGUUGCGCAGGCCAUCCUCCGUGGAGUCAUAGAUGUCAAACAGGAUCCUUGGCCAAAUAUUUCUGACAGUGCUAAGAGUUUGAUCAAGCAAUGUUAGAGCCAGACCCAAAACUUCGGUUAAUCGCAAAGCAAGUUCUUGGUGCGUUGAAUAUUAUUUUUAUGAUGCCUAUCUUUCUUAAUCACUGCCAGUUCUGGUUGCCGUACGGUUAUAUAUGUAUUAUCUGUAGAGCAUCCGUGGCUUCAAAAUGCCAAAAAAGCUCCAAAUGCUCCGCUCGGAGAUGUUGUCAAAUCAAGGCUUAAACAGUUCUCUAUUAUGAACUGGUUCAAGAGAAAAGCCUUACGGGUUGGUCUUUAAUCCGUCAUUAAAAUCUUUAUUAUGAAUAACGCGUUUGCAUAUGGAGAUAUGAACUUCACUUCUUGUGAUUAGGUGAUUGCGGACUUCUUAUCGGUGGAAGAGGUUGGGGACAUUAAAGAAAUGUUCAAGAAGAUGGACACUGACAAGGAUGGUGUUGUCUCAAUUGAAGAACUAAAAGUUGGUCUCCGUAACUAAUCCUAGCUUGCAGAACUAGAAGUUCAAUUGUUGGUAGAAGCUGUGAGUAUACAUAAUCUUUAUUUAUCCGAUCAGUGCCAAAUCUGUUGCAAUAUGCCUUGAAUUUUUUUUCCAUAGUGGGGAAAUCAGUUAGACUUGCCAUCUGUUACAUCUCCUGAUUUAAGAAUGGAAAUGCUUUGGCUGGUGAAAAGUUGGCGUGCAUUAGUAUACAAUCUCGUUUUCCCCCGAAUAGCACACUUUGUGAAAGAGUUGCAUCUUUCCACAGAGAAUAUUGUAGGUUUUCAUAUUGUGGAUCUUUUGGUUUUCUUUCCCUGCUCUCACUCUAGAUCAAAGGAACUAGCUCUCCGUGGACACUGAAAGUAGGUUCUGCGUUGCUGCGCAUCUAUAAGUUUAUUAAGUAGCUGAGUCUCUUUGGAAAAUUGGAUAAAAGGGAAAACAAGUUCCUAUUGGGUUCUGAACCAAAAGUGUCGUGACCUUUCAUAGUUUGUUCCUUUGUUAAAUGAAAUCAUCCUUGUUUUAUGAUGAUAACAAGUAGAUACAAAUGGGAAAGGCACGCUGGACAACAACGAGUUUCUUGCAGUUUCACUGCACCUACAAAGAAUGGCACAUGACGAGCAUCUGCAGAAGGCCUUCUCGUACUUUGACAAGGAUGGGAAUGGUUAUAUCGAACCAGAGGAGCUCCGGGAUGCUCUAAUGGAAGAUGGCGCUGAUGAUUGUACAAAUGUAGCAAACGACAUCUUCCAAGAAGUGGAUACAGACAAGGAUGGGAAAAUCAGCUACGACGAAUUUGCGGCGAUGAUGAAAACAGAGACAGACUGGAGGAAAGCUUCUCGACAUUACUCGAGAGGGAGAUUCAACAGCCUAAGCAUCAAGCUGAUGAAGGAUGGUUCACUGAGCUUGGGAAAUGAGUAAGGAUUGAAGAACGGAAGGAAGUCCAACAUUUGAGCAGCACAUGGUCACCGGAAUACACAUCUUAAAUAGUCUGCUUUUUUGGGGUUAUCACCCCCCCCCCCCCCCCCCCCCCCCCCUUCUUAUUUGGUGAUUAUGGGCUUUUCAUGAUGAGGGUGGGAGGAGAUGGAGCCAGCCCAUUGGGGCAUAUCGCCCUUGCUUUUGGCAAAUGCAAAAGGUGUUAAUUGUGCAGAAAGUGUGGGCGGGGGUCGGUUGCAUGUAGCCAUGGGUAGGGGAUGUGUAUGAUGACGCUUCUCCUCUCCUCUCCUCUCCUUCCUUUUGCUUGUUACUUGGCUUUUGGGACAAAACUUGGUGCUUUUUGUUUCUGAUUUUUAAUUUGGUUAUGAUUUCAGGAUGCCAGUCAAAUUGGGUAGGUUGCAAGUGCAAGGGGAGGAGGGUUGUAGUGAUACAUUGUUAUUCUUGGCAAAGCCAAAAUCGAGAGGGAGUUGUGGAUACAUCACAUGCUUCUCGUUUUUGUGCCGUCCACCAUUGUUCUUUUGAAAUUUGACCUCUCCACCACUAGUAAUAGUAAAUCUCCUCUGCAAAAGAGAAAGUGGCUGGCUGCCUGGCUAGUAACCAUGAAAAUAACAAGUGAUUUGUGUUUGUGGGUUUGUUUGCCCCACUUUUGCUUCUAUCUUUAUUGGAAAUUCUAAUCGAUCAAUUUGAUUAAAUUGUCUUAUUUUAG